GUGGCAACGCCCAGUUCUGCAGAGAAGGUAAAAAUAAUGGUAAAGUGAAUUUAGCCAUUUUAAAGAAUAUGCCAAGUCGACAUUGCCGCGCUUGCGGCAAGUUUAUCUUCUGCAAGAAUCCGCGUAACCUCUUCAACGAACCGGACUGCAUACAUCUCCACCAGAUCGAAGCCCUAACGGGACUUUAUCUGCUGGAGGGUUCCGAGUUCAAUUUCCCCGUCUGCAUCUGCGGACCGUGCGAGGUGUCGCUGCGGGAGGCCAUACGCUUCCGGGAAAGGAUAAUUCAAACCCAGAAGGCCCUGCAAAGCGGUAGAAGGGUUUUGAUAGAUGGCCUCAAUGUGAAUGAAGUGCAAGGAGAAGGUGAGCAGCUGCAGAAGGACACGGUCGAGCAGCAACAAGUGGAGGUGGACCAGGAGGAGGUGCUUAUCCUAGAAGAAGUCACACAAUAUGAGGUUAUAGAAGAGCAAAUAUUCGACGAGGUAGACAAACUACCUCAAGAGGAGGCGGAAGUGGAGGUUUUCCCGGAGGAGGUUAAGGAGAAGGAAGAGGAGAAAGCGAAGGAAGUCGAGAAAUCGGACCCUCCCAAAACCCUUCGUCAUCCCUACACAUCCGUGACCUUUGUGGACAAUAGCGAUGCCCGCCACCAGCCCCGCGUUCAAUGGGACAAGCUUACCGAGGAGGAAGUUGUCGCUUUGAAGCGAGAGCGCCGCAAGAGAGACUGCAUUUGUGAGCAGUGCGGUCGGCACUUCUCCUGCCCCAGCAACUUCAAGGUGCACCUGUUGCGGCACACGGGCCUGAAGAGUUUUGCCUGCUCCGAAUGCCCGCAGAAGUUCUACACCGCCCAUCUGUUGAGACGGCACCAGGACAUGCAUUCUGGCGAGCGUCCGUAUCCCUGCCAGUUUUGCGAGAUGACGUUCGCCAAUACCAGCGUGCGAACCCGACACGAACGCAUUCGUCAUACAAAUAUCAAGCCCUUCAAGUGCACCGAAUGUGAUAAAUGCUUCGCCAUGAGCGGCAAACUCCGGGAGCACAUGCUCACGCACACGGGAGAGCGAGCUUUUCACUGCGAGCCCUGCAAAGCCUCGUUCGUUCGACGCUCGCAUCUCUUGGCCCACCUUCGUACCAAGGGUCAUGCCCAGAAUGCAAGUGUACAGGAGGUGGCAUCUAAGGCAAUUGAUCUCGACGUGGAGACGGUGCUAACGUCGUGUAUAGAUCAGACCUAGUCCUUUCAUAUACGGAAAUAGGGUUCCGAAUGUAUAUUUUAAGUACUAUAUUUAUACCCUUACAGAGUAUUUUAA